UCCCAGAGCCUUGGUUGGUCCUGGCAGGCCAUCAACAGAUCCUCUCCUGGGGCGGUUGCUAGGAGGGCUGGGAUGCAGUGGGGUAGCUGUGGGGGUUGUGUUUGUAGUACUCCCGGGAAGUCCUGAUGUCACCAGAGCGGCAAGGACAUCGCAAGGAGGAGUCGUGUUACAGUAAGGAUGGGCAGUGGCGCGCGCGGCCGGAGCACACGCUCCAGGCGAGGGGAAUCAUAGCCGGGCAGACUGGAGCCUGCACAGGGAGCCUGCACAGCGCCGCUCUCCCUGCCGCCGGGGAGGAGGCACGCUUCGCGCUGCUGCUCGCCACGCUGGAAACAUUUACACUGACCGUACUAUGCCUCGGUUCUGCUCGGCGUGCCAGCCCUGGGUGCGAGCGGAGGCUGAAGACGCCACAGUGGGGUUCCAGCUGGUUGAUUAAUGAGAAAAAUAAUGUAUUUUGGUGGUACAUGCCAGAGUCCUGCUCUCCCCUCCCUGGGCCGACCGCCAGCCCCUCCUUUGCAGCCAUCAUUGGAUAUUAAGCCCUUUCUUCCCUUUCCUCUUGACACUGCAGCAGCAGUCAACCUGUUUCCCAAUUUUAACGCAAACAUGCUAUUGAAGAUGGAGAGCGAUGCUGGAGAUUAGCCUAUUGCUAUUUCUAGAGGAAGCCCAGCAAUCAGUGUGCAUUUGCAAUGGAUCCUAUUCAGAAAGCUGUAAUAAACCAUACAUUCGGAGUUCCUCUUCCUCAUCGGAGAAAGCAAAUCAUCUCAUGCAACAUUUGCCAACUGAGAUUUAAUUCUGAUAGCCAGGCUGCGGCCCAUUACAAAGGCACGAAACAUGCCAAGAAGCUCAAAGCACUGGAAGCCAUGAAAAAUAAACAGAAAUCUGUCACUGCCAAGGACAGCGCAAAGACUACCUUCACCUCCAUCACUACCAAUCCCAUCACCACCAGCUCUGACAAAACAGAGAGUACCACAGUGACACCAGUAAUAUCAACAACAAGUGUCCAAAUGCAGAAGAUCAGUUCAGGAGCAACUGAGAUCACCUCUAAAGUAGAAAAAAGCCCCACAGCAGCAGCAGCCGCUGGCAACAAUUCACAUCCUUCCACAGAGACUGAGGAAGAAAAGGCAAAGAGGUUGCUUUAUUGUUCGCUAUGCAAGGUGGCUGUGAACUCUGCCUCACAGCUGGAGGCUCAUAACAGUGGUACUAAGCACAAAACCAUGCUAGAAGCACGCAGUGGAAGUGGAACUAUCAAGGCCUUUCCUCGGGCCGGAAUGAAGGGCAAAGGACCAGUUAAUAAGGGAAACACAGGCCUCCAGAACAAAACAUUUCACUGUGAAAUAUGUGAUGUACAUGUCAACUCGGAAACACAACUCAAACAGCACAUUAGCAGUAGAAGGCACAAAGACCGAGCUGCUGGGAAGCCCCCCAAACCUAAAUACAGCCCCUACAACAAACUGCAGAAGGCAGCGCAUCCACUGGGGGUAAAAUUAGUAUUUUCAAAAGAACCUUCAAAGCCACUGGCUCCCAGAAUUCUCUCAAACCCACUAGCAGCUGCAGCAGCUGCAGCUGCUGUGGCAGUGAAUUCCCCCUUCAGUCUUCGAACUACCCCAGCAGCCACCCUCUUCCAGACCUCUGCACUUCCUCCAGCCCUUCUGAGGCCAGCUCCUGGACCCAUUCGGACCACCCACACUCCUGUGCUCUUUGCUCCGUACUGAAUUCUAAACAGGAGGUGUUGUACUGCAAUAAUUAAAAAAAAAAGAGAGAGAGAGAGAGAGAAAAAAAAAACUAUAAUCAAACAAAAGAGAACUAUGCAGUGUUUAUUUAUAGUUUAAUGUGUGUCUGAAGAGCCAGGACUUUUGAUAGUAAAAUGAAAAGGUUAUUAAAAAAUAAAAUAAAAAAGUGUAGGGGUCAGGCUAGGGGGAGGGGAGGGGAAGGAAGGAGUGCCAUUUUCUCCAAAUUAAAGCAUUCUUCUUGAACACUGUUUUAGAAGUUAUUUCCAGCACUGACUAAUAGUGGUAUCUAGAACUUACAGAGUUUUUGUGAAGGUGCUUUUUGAGCACUGUUUCCCCUGCAUUGUCUUUCCUGCUUUCUGAAACAAUUGUACAUUGUUUAAGGGCAUUAACUGGUUCCAAUGUAUAUACAGUAAUUUACUCUGUAGAUUAUAAUAAUAUAUAAAAGGAAAAACAACAAAACAAAAGAAACACUGUGAAUAGUCAUGCCCUUUCUGGUCCUCUGGCUAUGAUAGCAGUUACUGGGUAUGUAUCCAAACAAAAGUAGAUACAGUAGAUGUCUUGUCAAACAAUAGUGCUGUGUCUCAAUCUAUGCCAUUAGGUUUUAAUGAAUUGCAAAAAGGUAGAAUGAACAGCUAUUCCAUAUCUAUAAUAUGUAAAAAACAAACACCAGAUGGUAUCUUGGAAGCCUCCAUGAUCAGCACCCCUCUCUUGUAUGCUUAGAAGUGGAACAGCACCUGAAAGACACUUCAUCAGUAAAUACUAGUUUCCUACCUGGAAACAGGCAUUGCUGGAGCUAGUGAAAUGUUCAGAACGGCAAUGUAUCUGAAAAUUGAUCAACCCAUGUGCAUGGGCAAAAAAGAAGAAAUGAAUAUAACUGUUUUAUUCUAAACAUGAGGAGCCAUCAAAAUCUAAGAUGAUGAUGUGAAAUGAACACAGGUCUUCAAAAGCAGAGAAACUAGUCAUCUGCAACAUCCCUUUAUGUCACUCCAGUAGUCCAUAGCACAGUGUUUUGCUUUAAAAAUGAAUGUAUAAAGACAGACAUAAGCAUGAGCUAUGGCUGUGUUUAUUAUUAUAUUUUUCCUACUGACUUGACAUAAAUCUCUAACAGACUUUUAAAUGUUACUACUUUCAAGAAAAAUUAAUCUGAGUUCACUGUACACUAAUGAUAGCAUUAACAAAGUGUAUUAGCAAGGUCCCCUAGACCAUUAUUUCUCCAGUGGCAUUGUAAAAUAAGAACGGGCUUUGAUAUUUACCACAGAGCUGAAAGGAAAUGACAUUUUAUCUUUAAAAAAGAUUUAUCAGGGGAAUAUAUAUGUAUGUAUAUAAAUAUAUAUAUAUGAAUGUAUGUAUAUUGUAUAUAUGUUAGAAAGAUUAAGAAAAUAACUUAUAAAAAGAAAAUCUAUAUGAGAUAAUCCUAUAACCAUUCAGUGUUACAUGUUAUGAUUAAAUUGGUAACAAGUGGAGUUGUAAUGAAGGCAAUAUGCUUUAUCUUAUAGUAAGCUAGCUUGCCCCUAUGGAUAUGGUGGAGCUGAAUGCAGAAAGAUUAUUGCAUUCAAGAUUAAUAACCUUCAAUAAGAGAAGAAGAACAAACAUGUACACAUCCUUCUGUGACUUAGGAUUAAAAAUAAAAAUUAUUUUUAAAAGGUUUUAUAAACACUGUUUAAAACUUUAGGGAUGAACUGAGUGUGGCCUUUGCGAAAUUGCUUUUAUCUCAAUUGCAGUGAUCUUCAGAGAGGAAUAAAGAAUUAAGGAAUCCCUUGAGAGAGAGGUGUUUAGCGCUGUCAUUUAUAUUUAAAGAAUAUGCAUUGUGCCUGGUGCUGACUGUUAAAUGUGGUCUUUAGAGGACUUUUUCAGUGUCUAGCGAUAGAAUUUGUCUUAUAAGUGUAUCUUUAAAACAUCUGGCUAUAUAUAUAUAUAUGUUACUAAACAAACAACCAGAACAACAUGUAAAUGAGGAAAGAAAAAGAUUGUAAUGAAAAAAGAAAUGAAAAGUGAAAGGAAAGCAAGAAUAACAAAAUAUAAUCAUUCCAUAACUCUUUUGGUACAGAGAUCUUUUAGACAUAUCUGCCAUUGAACAUGGUGAUUUCUCCUUUAUAGUCUCUCUAAGCACUGCCGACUGGCUUUAUUUAAGUUCUUAGAGUUGGGCUUAUGUACCCAGUUUGUUAUCAUGUGAGCAGCCACUUCUAAUUGUGUUGGAUUUUAAUUUCUUAUGUGAUUGUUCAUUCCAUUCACUCUGCUCUGCAGUCCUUUCACGUGACAAAGCCACUUGUGCUUACAAUCAAUGCAAUCUCACCAUAAUAUGUUUCCGUUGUUGUUCCCCAGUUUCACCAAAAUGAAGGAAAAUCUGUUGUCAGAGCCUGUUGGUUACAUGAAGUCCUGGGUCACAAAGCAUUAAUAACUUUAAUGGUUUGCUGGAAACAAACAAAUCAGCCAUAUUUUCUUCAUCAGCCAUAUGAGAAUACUCAGAAAUAUCUGGACCUUGUCUGCCUCAUUUUGCAACAGAACACUAUUGUUUAAAUGGUCUCUUAAAUUAGAAUUUUAAGCAUCAGUUGUCUUUUAUUUGCUACCUAAUAAAGGAUGAAGCCUAAUCAUUGAACUUCAA